GACCGUCUCACUCACGCUCACCUAGAUGCGCCCACACGCAUUAAUUAUUCGUUAAUAUCACACGAGCUUUCUUCGGACUACUUAUUCUCUUCCCUCCAUCGUUUCUUCCUUCACUCUCGGCGCGUGUGAUAAACUAGCCGUCGAUUCGAGAAUGGGCAACGACGGCGUGCCGGAGACUAUGGCCGAGGUCAUGGCCGUGGCGGCGGUUGACCUUACUGACGCAUCCAACUGGUGGAACGACAUCGACGACUCUCCGGUGUGGCAGGAUCGUAUCUUCUACACCCUCGCCGUACUCUACGGUAUCGUGGCCACCGUAGCUUUGGUUCAACUGGCUCGGAUACAAUUGAGAGUGCCGGAGUACGGUUGGACCACUCAGAAGGUCUUUCACUUUCUCAAUUUUUUGGUGAAUUCGGUUCGGUGUGUAGUUUUCAUCUUCUUUAGGAACGUGCAGAGGUUGAAGCCAGAGAUUGUUCAACAUAUCUUGCUUGACGUGCCAAGUCUUGCUUUCUUUACAACAUAUGCCCUUUUGGUCCUGUUCUGGGCUGAGAUUUAUUACCAGGCACGUGCUGUAUCGACUGAUGGACUGAAACCAAGUUUCUACACAAUCAAUUUUGUGGUUUAUAUUGUUCAGAUUACUUUGUGGUUAAUAUUGUGGUGGAAACCUAUCGAUGCACUGCUCAUUCUUUCUAAGAUGUUCUUUGCAGGGGUCUCUUUGUUUGCAGCCAUUGGUUUUCUUCUCUAUGGUGGAAGACUGUUCUUAAUGCUACAACGCUUUCCCGUUGAAUCCAAAGGGCGACGUAAGAAGCUGCAAGAGGUUGGCUAUGUGACAACCAUAUGUUUUUUAUGUUUCCUUGUCAGAUGCAUUAUGAUGUGCUUUAAUGCAUUUAAUAAAGAUGCGAACCUUGAUGUCCUUGAUCACCCCAUUCUAAACUUCAUAUAUUACCUGUUGGUGGAAAUAGUGCCUUCUUCUUUGGUCCUUUUCAUCUUGAGAAAGCUUCCACCAAAGCGUGGUAUCACGCAAUAUCACCCAAUUCGCUGAAAAAGGGCAUUAUAAGUAUUCACUAUUUUAUUGGAUGAUUAUAAAAGUCCUAGGUAAUUUUUUAGAUAGAGACAAGUCAGUGUUCAAUGUACCGGUGUCAAAGCUUGUAUCAUGGAACGUGAUAUAUAUAUUUAAUGUAUUCUCAACCGUAUUGAUCUGUGUUAUCACUUAUCUUAGAUGUUAAGCUUUGGCUCUAGUGUGGUUAGUUUUGUGAUCCAGCAUUUUCAUACGAUGAUAGUAGGGAGAAGAUGACAGUGUAUAAAUAGUGUUUUUAACCGCUACGAGUUCGUAAAAUAUCUCGUUCCAUCCUUUCA